AUGGUGGAACCCUUCCAAUUGGAUGCAAAUGCAGCAUCUGCUGGAACUUCUAGCACUCAAAAACCCAACCAGAACAAUGAGAUAGGACGUUUGGAGCAAGAAUCAAAAGGAACAUUAUUGGCCAUGGAACCUACACAUGGAAGCAAAAUCAAUAGUAAUACAAUGGCAGAUUCUGUUACCAUCCUUGGUGAGGCUGAUCUUUCCAUUCCAACAAAAAGCUUAAGUCGCUCAUCAUCAUCCUCUUCAUCUGAAUCUUCGUCUCAAGAUUCCUUCUAUUUGGGUGUCAAUGCACAUCAGGCAACAUUAGCUACAGAACCUGGACAUGGCCGCAAAACUGAUCAUACUGAUUUAAUGGCAUAUUCUGCUACUAAUCUUGGUGAACCAGAUCUUUCUCACCCAAGAAAAAAGCUAGGCCACUCAUCCUUAUCAUCAUCAUCGUUUGCAUCUGAAUCUUCGCCCCAAGAUACCUUCGAGUUGGGUAUAGAUUUUUCCAGUGGUACUAGCAUCUUCAAACUUGACAAGAAUAGUGAGAUAGCUCCUUUGGAGCCUGAUCUCUCUAUGAACAAAAAGUUAGAGCCCUUGUUACCCUCGACAUCAUCUGCAGAGCCCUUAGAAACGAGUGCAAGUGCAACCAACAAGUCUCCUACAGGCAGUACAGGCCCUCAGUUAGCUUCAGAUUACAGCAAGGAGGAUAUUCCAGUCAGCUCCAUGCCCAAGAAUAAACAAUCUGGCUAUAGCAAUGAAUUCAUGAGCUUAACAGAGAAGUCAGCAACACAAUUUCCUCCAGUACAGGUGAUGGAUAGAAGUGGUGAUUCUGCUUCCGCUCCGUAUAGGAUUCCAUCUUAUGUCUUUGCUAGAACUAAAUCUACAGCUCCAAUGGAAUGGAGUCUCAAUUCAAAUGAAUCGUUGUUCAGCAUUCACAUGGGGAACAUGAGCUUCACCAGAGAACAACUCUACUGGAUGAGUAAAUCUGGUGAGCUGGAUAAGUCUGUUGGUGAUGUAACCAUAUCUGCUGCUCCUCCGUUGAUAGACUUGUCAAGUAACCAGCCACCUCCAACCAACAAAUCAACUGACGCCGGCCAAAAAAUGGCUACUUUGGAUGACGGGUCUGAAGUAACUGAAGGAACAGCUGCAGCAACAAUGAGGGAGGUUAUAAAGGAGAAUGAAGAAGAUCGUGGUAAAGAAAGUCCAUCUAUUCAUGAGGGACCAUCUCAUUCAGCUAGCAUUUCAAAUGGGAGUACAAAGUCUUUUGCUUUUCCAAUGUAA